AAUUUGACAGCUGGGCAGAAGGAGUUUACAAUUUUUUUUUUAUUAUUGUUGACUGUAAUUGAGAUAAAAUAUAAUGUUUAUUUUUUAAUCUUUAGCUUUUACUUACUCUCGAAACGCUAAUCAUUAAUCAAGAGUUUAUUGUAGUAAUUUUGAUAUAAAUAAUUCUAACAAUGAGUGACGAAGAGCAUUACACAGAAGUAGAUAUUUCUGAUGUUGUUGAUGAUUCCGAAAAUUAUUUUGAAAAUGAAAAUCCGUCUGAAAUAAACGAAACUGAACUUAAUAGUGUUCAAAGUUCAGAAAUAUUCAACACUGAGGAACAAAUACCAGCAGAAAAGAAAGUUAUAAAUGCUAAAAGUGAAGCUGUGGUAAGAAGCACAAGGUUGCCAAUGGCUAGAAUAAAGAAUAUAAUGAAGAUGGACCCUGAUGUACACAUAGUGAACGCUGAAGCUGUAUUUUUAGUUACUAAGGCCACGGAAAUGUUUUUGGAGUCAAUAGCGAAAGAGACAUUUACAUACACAACGCAUCACAAAAGAAAAACGAUUGCCAAAAAGGAUCUUGAUGUUAUCAUCAAUAAAGUGGAUUGUUUGUGUUUUCUAGAAGGUGCUAUGGAUUUUUAAACUUUAGGUGUAAUUAAUAAAAAAUAAUUUAUAAUGUCA